UGUGCAUUCGCGGCAUUCGCGGACACAGGGAAUCUGAGUUCUAUCAGCCGCCGUAGCUUCGUGACGUACUUUCGCAUUCGGCUCUGAUUGGCCGUUUCAAUGGUCGCGGGCUACUUGAAUUGAGAAAAAAAGCAGCAUAUCUCUAGCUGCAUGUUCUGAGAAACAAGGGACUUGGUCUAGUUAGCAGUUAUAACAUUUUCUCAAACUGUAUGGCCAGCUAAUGUUGUGUUUUCAUGUAGAGGAUUUUGUUGCGUCAACGGUCCAGAUAGGGUUUCAAAUUUGCAGCGCCGACUUUUGCUAACGUGACUUGUUUGACGUCAGUGAGCCACGAACGGUGGAACAUAGGCUAACAUGUCAGGAUCAACCCAAGGACAAGGAAGCGCAGUUGAUGUUCCACUGCCGGAAUACCAAAACCAAGAAAAUAUGCUGUCCGGACUGAGGGGUACAUUCAAAAACCGUGUGGACAACCAGGAGAACAUUGUCCCAAAAGCGCCACAGAGAACUGUCCUGGGAGCCUUGCAAAACAACAAACGCAGCAAACCUCAAACUCUGCGCGGCACAAAACAGGUGCUAUCCUGUGAAAAUGAAGUACCCAAAAGUUAUGCAGACAAGCUGGGCAGUAAGCAACCAGCUUUCCAGAUUCAUGUGGAUGAGCCUGAUAGUGCCUGCUCCAAGAAACAGGUGUCCCUCAAGGCCAAGCCCUCCACAGAGAUUCCACCCCUGACACUGAACCCAACAGUUACCCUUCUCAGGCAGCCUCUCUCCUCUCUUGAUAUACCAGCAACAUGUGUAUCUAACAUGAAUGUUAGUUUUGACGAUUCUCCCAUGGAUAUGUCGGUUAUUGAAGGCGACGAGAAGCCAGUGAACGUGGCAACGGAGUAUGCUGCAGAAAUACACACUUAUCUUAGAGAAAUGGAGGUUAAGUCCAGACCAAAAGCGGGCUACAUGAAAAAGCAGCCAGACAUCACCAACAGCAUGCGGGCCAUCCUCGUUGACUGGCUGGUGGAGGUUGGAGAGGAGUACAAGCUCCAGAACGAGACGCUGUACCUUGCCGUGAACUACAUUGACCGUUUCCUGUCUUCCAUGUCAGUCCUGCGGGGGAAGCUGCAGUUGGUCGGGACCGCUGCAAUGCUGUUGGCUUCGAAAUUUGAAGAGAUCUAUCCCCCGGAGGUCGCAGAGUUUGUUUACAUCACGGAUGACACUUACACGAAGAAGCAAGUGUUGCGAAUGGAGCAUCUGGUGCUGAAAGUGCUCUCCUUUGAUCUUGCCUCUCCCACCAUCAACCAGUUUCUCACGCAGUACUUUCUCACCCAGCCAGUCAGCAGCCAGGUGGAGAGCUUGUCAAUGUUCCUAGGGGAGCUCAGUCUAGUUGACUCGGACCCAUUCCUGAAAUACUUCCCUUCUCAGACUUCUGCUGCCGCUUUAGUUUUGGCAAAUCACACAGUAACAGGAGGCUCAUGGUCAAAGUCUCUGGCAGAGGUGACUGGCUACUCUUUAGAAGACCUGAUGCCUUGCAUAGAGGAUCUGCACCAAAUGUAUCUCAACACUGCUACGCAUGCACAGCAGUCGGUACGGGAGAAGUACAAGGGUGCAAAGUACCAAGAGGUCUCUCUCAUCGAGCCCCCAGAGAAGUUGUCAUUGAAUUGAUUUCUUUCCUUUGCUCACCAACGCUGAGAACUGGUUUAAUCUUCUUUUUUUUAUGCACAUUUUAAUAAUCUUUUUUACAUGACAUCUUGCCAAAAUGUCUAACUGAACCAUGGCGGCAAUCUUUUGCAGCUUUGGGCACAAUUUAGUGAUCUUAUUUUUAUAUGUACAAUCCUGUAGGAUUGUCUUUUAUGCUUGAUGCAACCCUGAGCUUUAAUGUAGUUAAUCAAGCAAUGUCAUCUGUCGGUCACUUCUCACUAGACAAAUGUGUUCAGUGGUUUUUAACUGUUAGAAAGCUGUACAGAUGCAUCUUUCAGUCUGCAUUCUUGUAAUAAAAAGUCAGCUUAUUUUUCCCUCUCAAACACAUGCUUGUGAAUAUUUCCUGACAUCUUUCCCGGACUAGCUGUCUUGGUUUUCUGAUAACUUGAUAUUUUAUAUGGGCUGUGUGGAUUUUUUUUUUAUAGCACAUUCUGUUCAAUGGUAUUCUAGCCAAAGUUGGACACUGAAGUCUAGUUUGGUUCAACAUUCCGCAGAACGGUGCCUUAUUUUAAUUGUACUUUUUUUUAACCACUUGCCUCAUUCAAAGGGGUCUGGUUGGGAGUUCACUUGUUAUCAAUCAAGGCAUCUGUGCUGUAAAAUAUCUUGUAAAUAAAUUCCAUUCCUUCCAAGA